AUGAUAAUUGAACUCCUGUACUCAAGCACUGAUAAAGAUUUAGAAAACAGGGCUGAGGAUGAAGUUAAGUGCCACACCACUGAGAAUAGAAUUAUAAAUAUCAAACCAGAAAAAGAAAAGAAAUGGUGGCAAUCUGAAAAUAGUAUUGAUCAUGUCAGCAUUAAACUGGACCUGGAGGCCCUGUUCUACUUCAGCUACCUCAUUCUGACCUUUAAGACUUUUCAACCUGCUGCAAUGUUAGCAGAAUGUUCCACAGACUUUGGAUGCACCUGGAACAUGCUCAGGCAUUCUUCAGAAGACUGUAGUUCCUUCCCUGGCAUCAGUGUGGGCCAAGCCUCAGAAGUGAGAGAACUGGUUCGUGAAUCCAGAUACUUGGUUAUUGAACCCUCAACUGGUGUUGGGAUUGUUUUAAAAGUUUUGGAUCCCAGUUUGGAAAUAGAAAACCUGUACAGCCCUAUAUGGAUUAUACCUAUGACACUAAUAAACUUGAGGAAAAACUUUGCCAAGCUCAACACGCUUGGGGAUACUUCACUUGGAAGGAAGCAAAAUGGUUCCCUUGAUAAGUACUGUUCUGCUCUUUACAAGAUGGUUGUUCUGGGAAGCUGCUUUGGCAGUGGCCAUGGCAGUGAAGGUAACCCUCUCCAGAAGGUAUAUGGGGAUUUUUUCAGUCCUCCAGGAAUGGAGAGUGUGGUGACUGUGUGUUGCCUGGUAAGGAAUGCUUUUGGGAUUCUGCCAGCUUAUGAAUGUGACCCUAAUGGGACCUUUUCUGGUGACCUUUGUGUGAGCUACUCUGAUCCUGCCACAAGGUUUGUGGCCAUCCAGUGCCUGUGCAAAGAGAAUGUGCAAGGAGCCAACUGUGACCAGUGCCAGCACAAUCACUUCAGAUUGAGUAGCUCUGGCCUCCUAGGUUACCAGGAUAAGUCCCAGGAGGUCAAUCAGGAUGCAAUUUACAACCAUCACCCCCUUGGGAGGCUGACACUACUACCCACUUGUGACAUGAAAACAGGCCAAUGUUCUUGCCACACCCAUGCCACCAGGCCACGCUUUGAAGAGUGUAUUAUAGAAUCAGCCCCCAGUUUCUUCUUUGUCCCUUUGAAUUUCUAUCUCUAUGAAGCAGAGGAAGCUAUGCCCAUCUAAGGACUCGCACCUUUGGUUUAUAUUUCCUUUCCUGGGAACCCUGUUACAUGAACUGGACAUGGAUUUGCCAGGGUUCUCCCUGGAGGUGGCCUGAGAUUUCUUGUCAACAACUUUCCUUUUUCCAUGGAUUUCACCAUAGCUGUUCACUAUGAAGUCCAGGAAGCUGACUGGGCUAUUCAGGUCAUAGUCAAUACCCCUAGAGGAAACAAGCACUGUACACAUAAGAAGCUACAAGGAUCAGCUCCAGCUUUUACUUUACCAGCUACUGCCAGAAUCAUGUUGCUUCUCACACCAGUCUAUUUAGAAGCAGAUGUGCCAUAUUCCAUAGACCUCUAUUCUCAGCCUUUGGAAGGAGAGUCCCACGCUCAUUCUCAAAUCUUGGUUGUUCUUGAGCAGGAUGUAGCUGAAUAUGAGCUGCAAAACUGUGUUGAAAUGGCCUGGGUGGGACCUUAAGUGCUCCCAGUGGUGUGUAAAAGGCCCUUGGUCAGCAUGUCUGCACAGCUGCACAAUGGGGUCAUGGAAUCAGAUGCUUCAGUAUGUUGCAGCCCAUUUGGAGGCCAGUGUCAGUGUACUCAUGUUGUGGAGCACUGCUAUGACAGGUGCUCAGCUGGAAGGUACAAUUUGGAGUCAUACCAUCCCCAAGGCUCUAAGAACACUAUAUGUGACCAAAUAACUGGCCUGUGCCCCUGCCUCGGAGAGUUGACUGGCCACCAUUGUGACCAGUACCUGGUGGGCUACUUCGGGUUCCCCAGCUGCUUCCCUUGCCCUUAUAAUGAGUUUACUGAACUUUAUGAUCCAGACACAGAGUCAUGUGUUAAUUGUGGAGGCUUUACAACUUGUAUCAACUGUGAAAGGUGUCAAUGAAAUUACUAUGAAAAUCCUUCUUUAGGACAAUCCUGUUGUCCUUGCCUGUGUCCAGUUGUUCCCUUAAGCAAUGAGUAUUUUACUCAUUCCUGUUACCAGAACUCUUGGAGCUCAGGUAUAACCUGUCGCAUUCAAGGUGUUUGGGAAGAUCAAAGUGAAUUGAAGAUGCUACCAGUGUCUACCUCUAACAGCAGCUUUUUUGUUCCAGGGUCCUACCAUCCUCCUGGAGUGAGAUCAAUUGCAUACCCUCCUAAUGGGAGAGCUUGCCUCUAUAACCCUGUCACUGGAGCAUGUUCUUGUCUGCCACAUGUCACAGCUGCCUGUGACCAUUGUGCUGAUGGAUACUAGAAUCUGAUCCCUGGCAAAUGGUGUCAGUCAUGUGACUAUGGCCUCUAGACCUCUAAAAGCAGCCUCUGUGACCAGCUUACAGGCCAAUGUCCACACAAACCAGGUCAUGACAGGACAUGCUGCAGUGAGUGUGAAGAAAACUAUUACAUCAAUACAUCUGGAAAAUGCAUUUCAUGUGACUGCAACAAGGAAGGAGCCCUGAGGCCUGUCUGUGAUGCAGACACUGGCAUGUGCCAUUGCCAGGAUGUCAGUGGCCAGGGGUGUGAUCACUGCACCCAGGGUCAUGGCCAGGAAUUCCCUUCUUGUGUUUGUCUUCGGUGUCACUUGUGCUUUGAUCACUGAGACCAUACCAUGUCAUCCCUCUCCAAAGCAGUGCAAGGGUUAAUUGGGCUGCCUGCUAACAUGGAAGAUAAAAGAUAGAGCCUGCCUGUCUCUGAAGUGGACUUCAAAGGCCUCAGAGAGAACAUAUCUAUCAUAGACAUUUUGAAACAACCUGUUCUUUUAUCUGAGGAAUUGUUGAAAGUCAAAGAUUUUUAUGAGUCUGUGAAAUAAGAUUUAAAAUAAAUCAUGCUGCUAAGUGAGCAACUGAAAACAGUGUAUGAAUUUCAAGAUCUGAAAGAAACCAUGGCAAGAAUGAGUAAUGAAACAGACUUCUUACUUGAAAAUCUUCAGGAGGAAAUUGAUGUGCAAUCCAACAUCCUUAAUACAAGCAUCCUGGAUGCCUCAGAAAACAUGAAGAAAUACUAUGGCAUAUCAACAGCUGCUAAGAGGACUAAUGAGACAGGUUCCAUCAUAGACAACCCUGAAAACACCAGGAUCAGCUUAUCUUACAUCUUACAGACACUGACCCAAAAAGAAAACUUAUGGAAAAAAUUGAAGCAGAUUAAGAUCCCAGACAUCCAAAUAUUGAAUAAUAAGGUGUGUGGGCAACCAGGGAACUUUUCGUGUAAUUGUUUACCAUACAAGGGUGCUCUCUGCACCAGCCCUGAGGGGAAUAGACUGUGUGGUGGUCCCAGCUGUCAAGGUGUUCUGAUUCUCUUAAGUAAUGCCUUCCAGGAGGCCCAGGAGGCCCAGGAAAUCAGAAAUAUAAGUAAACUGGUGGGAGUCUCCAAAACCAAUUCCUUACAGCUAAAGGAAAGCAUGCCUGCAGAAGACAUAAAAAGUGUAGCAAAUCAUGUACUUGACAUUCACUUUCCAAUAACAUGGCAAAUUCUAACCCACAAGCUUGACAAAAUACAGAAACUUCUGCAACUCUAAGACAACAGUACAGAUGAGGAGAGGCUCACCAAAGCAAAAGAUGAAACCCAAAAGCUAAUAGUGAAGGCAAUGCAGCUGAAAAAGAAACAGAUGUUAAGACUUGAGGAAACACUGAACAGGAUACAACAAGCCCAUAUCACUCCAGGCCAGGCAAAUUCAACUAUCACACAGUUGGCUGCUGAGAUAACAAACAUAAAGAAGAAUGCACUGCAGGAAUUUUAUCUUCUCCAAAACUACCCUGAAAUAGAUUUGAAGGAAACCUUAUGAAGAAGGAGACAGCUCAAAGAUGCUUCAGAGAAGCUUGCUGGAGAUACAAAGGACAAGAUAAAGAGGAUAGCAGGUUUAGAAAAAAAGAUAGAAGAUUUGAGUCUAGGCAAAUAAGAAAAAGACAAAGCUGACCAACUAAAACAACUGGAAAAUCAAGUUGUUACUGUUAGAAAUGAAAUUGUUGAGAAAAAAAAGAAAUAUGCCACCUGCUAUAAUUAG